AUCCUGUGUGUCUCCAGGAUAGAGAUGUCGAGCAGUGCGUCUCCGGACGCUUCCUGUCAGCUGGACAGUCGUUACUGGAAGAUCACGAUGUCUGACGGGCACGUGGAGGAGGUCCAGGGACCCGGGGUGGUCGGAGAGUUCCCUGUCAUGACCCCAGGGAAGGUGCAUGAGUACGCCAGCUGCACCACCUUCUCCACGCCCUCAGAGUACAUGGAGGGACACUACUCCUUCCACCGGCUCGCCGAUAAGGAGGAGGUUUUCCACGUGAUGAUCCCUCGCUUCCACAUGGUCUGCCCGCCCUUCAGAGAGCCCGUCAUUAGAGCGCAGAAGCCGUCGAGUCGGCGCCUCGAGGAUCCCGACGGAGACGGAGAGUUUUGCGACGGAGACGGAGACGACUUUGGAGAUUUGAGAGGAAUCAACAUGGCCGCCCUGGAGGGGGCGUGGUGUCCGCGGCACAUCUGACCUCACCUGUCUGCAGCAGGGCAUUCUGGGUAAAAGGUAACCAGAGACACAGCUCAACUUCCUGCUGCCGGACGGGACAAAACAAUGUGAACGAACGCCGUUUAUAUAAAGAAACACUUUCUGUUUCCUCUCGUGGUGGAUUUACUGGGACAAAGAGGCGGGGACGAAUCCUCGGCUCUGAUUGGUCGGUUAUUGGAUAUUUCAGACUGGAGGUUUGAGGUGCUUCUCCAUCAGUUCUCUGUAUUAUUUAAAUAAUCUCCACUGCAGGAACAAAGUCCUUUACCUGGGCAGGUGUUAGCAUCAUGCUAGUGAGAGGCGCUACACAACAUUCAUCUGUCACACACACAGACUCUGACACUGGAACCCAGCUCUAAUGUAAAACCUCCACUUCCUCUUUCUUGAGUGAAAGAAAGAUUGAAAUAUAGAUUUAUAAAUAUCAGCUGUUACUCCGAAUAAAUAUUUUGACGAAUAUUUGACGGAUUUUGACAUUUCGUGCCAACAUUCGUGACAUUUAGACGAAUGACCCCCCGGAGUUUUGUUUACUUCCUGUUUACACUGAAGUAGCCCCUCCCUGUUGACGUGUUGACCCUGCAGUGGAGAGAGGUCAAAUGUGACCUAGGUCAUCAUGUGACCUUUGGGACGUGUUCGUGCUUCGCUGCUUCCUCUUUUCAAACUGCUCGCUGCAUCGAGGCGUGUGAUUGGUGCGUUUGUUUUGUAUGUUCUUUGGUUAAAUAAAUAAUAAAUAAGGAUUAUGACAA